AUGGACGUGGACAUGGACGUGGACUUGGACGUGGACGUGGACAUGGACGUGGACGUGGACAUGGACGUGGACGUGGACGUGGACGUGGACAUGGACGUGGACAUGGACGUGGACGUGGACGUGGACAUGGACGUGGACAUGGACGUGGACAUGGACGUGGACAUGGACGUGGACGUGGACGUGGACGUGGACGUGGACGUGGACGUGGACGUGGACGUGGACAUGGACGUGGACGUGGACGUGGACGUGGACGUGGACGUGGACAUGGACGUGGACGUGGACGUGGAAAUGGACGUGGACGUGGACGUGGACGUGGAUGGACAUGGACGUGGACGUGGACGUGGACGUGGACGUGGACAUGGACGUGGACAUGGACAUGGACGUGGACGUGGACGUGGACGUGGACAUGGACGUGGACGUGGACGUGGACGUGGACAUGGACGUGGACGUGGACAUGGACAUGGACGUGGACUGGAAAUGGACGUGGACGUGGACGUGGACAUGGACAUGGACGUGGACGUGGACGUGGACGUGGACGUGGACGUGGACAUGGACGUGGACGUGGACAUGGACGUGGACGUGGACGUGGACGUGGACAUGGACGUGGACGUGGACGUGGACGUGGACGUGGACGUGGACGUGGACGUGGACGUGGACGUGGACAUGGACGUGGACAUGGACGUGGACUUGGACGUGGACGUGGACGUGGACGUGGACGUGGACGUGGACGUGGACGUGGACGUGGACGUGGACGUGGACGUGGACAUGGACGUGGACGUGGACGUGGACAUGGACGUGGACGUGGACGUGGACGUGGACAUGGACGUGGACGUGGACGUGGACGUGGAAAUGGACGUGGACGUGGACGUGGACGUGGACGUGGACGUGGACGUGGACAUGGACGUGGACAUGGACGUGGACAUGGACGUGGACGUGGACGUGGACGUGGACGUGGACAUGGACGUGGACAUGGACGUGGACGUGGACGUGGACGUGGACGUGGACGUGGACGUGGACGUGGACGUGGACGUGGACAUGGACGUGGACGUGGACAUGGACGUGGACGUGGACGUGGACAUGGACGUGGACGUGGACGUGGACGUGGACGUGGACGUGGACGUGGACGUGGACAUGGACGUGGACGUGGACGUGGACGUGGACGUGGACGUGGACGUGGACAUGGACGUGGACGUGGACGUGGACGUGGACGUGGACGUGGACGUGGACGUGGACGUGGACGUGGACGUGGACAUGGACAUGGACGUGGACGUGGACGUGGACGUGGACGUGGACGUGGACGUGGACGUGGACGUGGACGUGGACAUGGACGUGGACUUGGACGUGGACGUGGACGUGGACGUGGACAUGGACGUGGACGUGGACGUGGACGUGGACGUGGACAUGGACGUGGACGUGGACGUGGACAUGGACGUGGACGUGGACGUGGACAUGGACGUGGACGUGGACAUGGACGUGGACGUGGACAUGGACGUGGACGUGGACGUGGACGUGGACGUGGACGUGGACGUGGACGUGGACGUGGACAUGGACGUGGACGUGGACGUGGACGUGGACGUGGACGUGGACGUGGACGUGGACGUGGACGUGGACGUGGACGUGGACGUGGACGUGGACGUGGACGUGGACGUGGACGUGGACAUGGACGUGGACGUGGACGUGGACGUGGACGUGGACGUGGACGUGGACGUGGACGUGGACAUGGACGUGGACUUGGACGUGGACGUGGACGUGGACGUGGACGUGGACAUGGACGUGGACGUGGACGUGGACGUGGACGUGGACAUGGACGUGGACGUGGACGUGGACAUGGACGUGGACGUGGACGUGGACAUAGACGUGGACGUGGACAUGGACGUGGACGUGGACAUGGACGUGGACGUGGACGUGGACGUGGACGUGGACGUGGACGUGGACGUGGACGUGGACGUGGACGUGGACGUGGACAUGGACGUGGACGUGGACGUGGACGUGGACGUGGACGUGGACGUGGACGUGGACAUGGACGUGGACGUGGACAUGGACGUGGACGUGGACGUGGACGUGGACGUGGACAUGGACGUGGACGUGGACGUGGACGUGGACGUGGACGUGGACGUGGACGUGGACGUGGACGUGGACGUGGACGUGGACGUGGACGUGGACGUGGACAUGGACGUGGACGUGGACGUGGACUGGACGUGGACGUGGACGUGGACGUGGACGUGGACAUGGACGUGGACAUGGACGUGGACAUGGACGUGGACGUGGACGUGGACGUGGACAUGGACGUGGACGUGGACGUGGACGUGGACGUGGACGUGGACGUGGACGUGGACGUGGACGUGGACGUGGACGUGGACGUGA